UGAGCUGAAUCUUAAACUUCCCUACAUGUUUAUGGGGCCUCCUCCUGCUUUUCUGCUUUUUCUCUUCCAAAUCCCAUAAAAGAGAAUCCUCACCCUCAUUCUUAUCUCAGACACCAAACUUGAUUUUCAUAACAUUGCUUCCACCCUUAAUACGCCUGUUUCUCUCUGUUUUCUCUAGAGUUACAAGUAUGGUUCUUUCAGUUACCAUGAGAUUCAUGCUUCUUCUUUGUAUUGGUUUCUUAGUAAUUCAACCAGAUAAGGUUUCUGGCCUGAGAAGCAUCACUCUUGCUCUCAGAGGGGAUAAAGAGCUGUUAGAAUAUGUUCAGAAUUCCCGGAUUCUAACUGCUGUUGCAAUGGAUUCUUUGGAUACAAGACAGGGUUUGGCGCCUGCGCCUUCUUUGGUGUUUGAUCCUAGUCAGUCUAACAAGAGACAAGUUCGAAAAGGAUCCGACCCCAUUCACAACAGGUGGUGAAAACAUGAAGCUGUUUCAGCUCUUUUCACAGGAAAAAAAUGGGCUGAAUUCUGAUGGGCUGAGGCUGCAAAUGAGGUGAAGAAAAAGCAAGAGGAUGUGGAGAGCUUUCUCUUCUCUUCUUAAUUGUUUCUCCAUGUGGGUUUGUUGAGUUUUCUGCAUUUUCAUUUGUUUUAGACUUGUAGUCCAAGUUUUUGCUCAAGCUGAAAGAUACUGUAAAAACCUAGGUUUUAACAAAAGAAGAAUACCUAAAAUGAUGGCUCUUGCUGUCAUAUACAAAUAUAGUAGCAGUUCCCAA